AUGGACACUAUGGGACAGAGACACUAUGGGACAGAGACACCGGGCAGGGGCGCCCGGCGCCGAGUGGCUGCACAGGCCGGCUCCCGUAGGCCGGAGGCCCGCCGCCAGGAGCCGGGCGAAGGCAGACCGCCUCCAGGCGAAGCUCUGGGAGAGCAGAGCCCACCGCAGGACAAUGCAGCCUCCGCCUCGCCCCGCAGCCUCCUCCAGCCGGGACCCGCCUCGCCCCGCAGCCUCCUCCAGCCGGGACCCGCCUCGCCCCGCAGCCUCACCGCGCAGCCUUCGCCCCGCUGGCACUUCCGGAGGAAGCGGCCGCCCACAGGCGUGUCCCCGCGCCGGCUCCGUGGGCUGAGGCUGGAUGGGUGUGGCGGAAUCGGAGCUGUGUCGUAUUUCAUCCGCAUCGUUGAGGAAGAAGCUGAGGCCAUGGCGCUGGGGCUCAAGGAAAGAUUUGAGAAGUUCCUCCACGAAAAGAACGUCGUGACGGAUGUACUGGCCAAAGUGGAGGCGAAGACCGGCGUGAGCAGGACGUACAUCGCUGCCGGCCUGGUGGGCGUGAUCGCGAUCUACCUGGUGAUUGGCUACGGAGCCUCCCUGCUGUGUAACCUCAUCGGCUUCCUGUAUCCGGCCUACAUAUCAAUCAAGGCCAUUGAGAGUGCCACCAAAGAGGACGACACCAAGUGGCUGACCUACUGGGUGGUGUACGGCGUCUUCAGCGUGGCCGAGUUUUUCGCUGACAUUUUCCUCUCCUGGUUUCCCUUCUACUAUAUCGGAAAGUGUGCCUUCCUGGUGUGGUGCAUGGCUCCAACUCCCUCUAACGGAUCCAUCCAGAUCUACCACCGCAUCAUCCGACCUCUCUUCCUCAAGAAUGAAGCCAAGAUCGACGACGCUGUGAAGAACCUGAAGGACAAAGCAUCAGAGGCCGCUGAUAAGUUUAAAGAUGAGGCCAAGAAAGCCACAGCCAACCUGAUGUUUGAGGAGAAGAAGAGCUCCUAGGAGCGAGGCCCCGGGCCCGGAGCCGACCGAGCAGAGGACAUGUUAGGAGCCCCCCCCACAUCCACGACCCCUCAGAGGGUGCCGCCUUCAGAUAACUGUACGCUUCAUCAGCCAAAUAAAGAAACGCACUGAAGCCUCUGUGGUUUCUGUUCUGUGGGGGGGGGACUCAGACGGCCUGUUUCUGAGCUCAUGUGAGUCUUCACAGGACCACAGAAACCGAGCCAAAGCCCAACUCAACCGAAACCCCCUCUCAAAUCCAGCCUGCUGUGGGGUGGGGGUGCUAACUCAGUUCUGACUGACAGCAGCAGGUGCCCUUCUCUGCCCCCCCCCCACCACCACCACCACCUACCGCCUCAGCCCGUGGUGGCUUCCUGUAUUUGGCGCUGAUGACCAUGUGACUCCCGGCCAAUCGGCUCCGACGGCUGAGCGGGGAGGGGGGGGGGCUGUCCUCUGGG